AGCUGAAACAAUGAUAUGUCAGAGAGUUUGUCUCUGUAUCUGUGAAAAAUAAUUCUGAGUGGAUCUGCAGCUUCUUGAAUGUGAUAAUUGAACGUUCUGUACUUUUUUGGGGUAAUGUCUUUUGUUUUUUUGUUUUUUUUUUUUAAGAAGACAGAUUUUAUGAUCAGGCUUCACAAGUCUUCAGUCAGGAUAUGGUCAGUCAUCUUCUUUAAAUGGAUGCCUGCUGCAUGGGCUGAGUCCUCUGAUCGUCAUCUCCGCAGUGCUUUGUGUGGCACCGCCAGCUCUUAUCCUGCUUCACUGGCUCAGCUGAGCCACUGUAUCUGAGGCAUUUCUGACAGAACAGUCUGCUGUGUGUGAGAACCUCAGUUCUGGAUCACAGAGAAGCUGCUGUAAGUGUUGCUUAAUCUGGAUGUUAUGGCAGCUGGUUUGAAUCCUCACAGUUCGCCAAGAUAAGCUGGAUUUCCAUGGUGUGGACUUGUCCCUUGAACCUGGACCCUCCCUGCUUGAAGUUUGGAACUUGCUCAUCUCCAUUUUUUUUUUUUUUUUUUUUUUUUUGAGAUUUGACUGCAAGUUGAAUUUGGAGGGUUGCUGAAUGCGCCCUGCUUCUCCAUGGCAUGCUGUUUCAGAUCUCACCGCUAUGGAAGCUGGACUCUUAACACCCCUCUUCCAGAUGAUGAAACUGAGCAGCACCACAGCACAAUGCUGGGAGAGGGGGGCAGCAUGGGGGACUCCACCCCUCCCCCAAAGCGUAAAGGCAAGUUUUCUACCCUUGGCAAGAUCUUCAAACCCUGGAAGUGGAGGAAGAAGAAAAGCAGCGAGAAGUUCAAGGAAACUUCCGAAGAACUGGAGAGAAAGAUGUCAACCAGACGAACUCGACAGGAGCUUAUCGAACAGGGUGUGCUGAAGGAGCUCUCUGACAACGAUGGAGAUACACAAAAUGUAAAACAGUGCUACGUGAAGAAUGGCCACACUCUGCCGGUUGGAGGAGGAGCAGGAGGAGUCAUUAGCAGUAGCAGGAGUCCGUGCAGCCAGGGCAAACUCCCCUCAGAGUUGGACUUUAGGAUGAAUCCCACGUGGCUCGCUCAGCCAGAUGACCGCAAGGGUCGCUCUCCAUCUGAGGGAGACCGUCGCGGAGCUUUGUGCUCCAGGGGCACAGGACUGCACGAAGAUGGAUGGAGAAGUGGAGGGAUGGGGGCACGUGGACAUGGGGAGGGCGAGUGGAAAUCUAACCUGGCCUGGCAGGGUCACAUCCAUGGCCAGAUGGAAGAGGGCAGACGAGGGGGCAGGCUUCACCCGGAGGAUGGGCAGAAGAGGCCAGGGCUGCAAAAGGCCCCGUCAGAGGACGGCAGGAGGAAUCGUCCUUCAGAAACCGACUGGAAGCCGACGCUCCCUCGACAUGCAUCUGCAGAAGAGGGAAGAGCCCGCAGAGAAUCAGACAGCCAUUUUGUUCCUGACCCAGAGGCCCUGCAAGACACCCUGCGUGAACCUCUACCACCUAAACAGUUGGUCAUGCCUCCAAAGUGGCUGAUGAGCUCCACUUCUGAACCUGGCAGUGAAGGUUCGCCUCGGACACCAUCCAACCACCCCACCAGCCAGUUCUCCUCUCCAUCAGCUGUGACAUCCAAACCCGUUAGGUCCGUGUCUUCUGCAGGUGCCAACACUCAGCAAUCUACAGUGCCCUCCCUAACCUCCACCUCUCAGACUGCCAAGCAGCCUCCUCUGCCUCCACCCAAACCUGUGAACCGGGGCAACGCAGCCAUGCUAGUCUCCGCCCUGCAGGGGGGAGAAAACGCUCAGCUUCCGCUCUACUGGUCCUGCUGGAAGCGAGAGUGCGACUAUGAUGUCUACCUAUCCCUGCCUGUCUACCUGUGCCGGCGGGCUGGAGGCCUGCGCUCAGGUGACUUCACCCAAGCCUCUGGGGGUGCCAGUCUUGUUCCAACCAAGCCCUCUCCUCCGAUGCCUCCCAAGAGGACCACCCCAGUCACCAAACGUAACACAGAGGACUCUCCUUCAAGCCACACCAUCAACCCCUCCCCUGUCUCUCUGGAGGAGCACAGCAGCCUCCCUGUGGGCUAUCAGCUACCCCCUCCUCCUCCAUCCCCACCCCUGCCAACUCACAUACCACCCUCUCCACCCCGCCAGCACAUUCACACUCACCACCUUCAUCAUCAGCACUCCUACCCCCACCCACUGCCCCAACCCAUACCAAUGCUGUUUGACCCACCAAGCCCGACAAAUGAAUCUCCCCAACGCCCAGCCCCCGUCCCACUGCACAUCAUGAUCCAGCGAGCCCUGUCCAGUCCCGGCCCGGCUCAGCCACAUCCAGACGGGUUGCAGCGCGCACACACUCUGCUUUUUGAAACUCCUCCAGAGUACCAAGGAGAUCGGGGUCGCCCUCUGCCUGUCAGCAUCCAACCACUCAAACUAUCUGAAGAUGACUACUCAGAGGAGGAAGAUGAUGAGGAAGAAGAGGAAUACGAUGGGGAGAUCCCCCAGCCAGAGCUGGAGCCCCGGAGUCGCCGGUGUCUGGUCGGUGAUGCUGUUUGUGUCAUCCCAGGGGAAAAUAGCAGCGAUGAGGAAGAGGAAGAUGAUGAGGAGUGCGAGCAUGGCAUGCAUGAAGAGGACAGUGAUUCGGAUGGUCCUGUGCUUCAUAAAGAUGAAGACUCAGAUGAAGAGGAUGAGCCCCCACCAAGUGCCCUGGCUAACAGGGUAAAGAGGAAGGACACCCUGGCUCUGAAGCUGAGCAGCCGUCCCUGUGCCCCUGACAGGGACAGAUUCACACAGGAGAGGAGCAGCAGAGACGAUCAACCUCCAGGACAGACAGGCCUCACCUGGCAAAGCAGGGAGCAGUGGGAGGCCAUUCGCACACAGAUCGGCACUGCACUCACACGGCGACUUAGCCAGAGACCCACUGCUGAGGAACUCGAGCAAAGAAACAUCCUUCAGCCCAAAAAUCAGGCUGACAGACAAGCUGAGGUUCGUGAGAUCAAGCGGCGGCUGACCAGAAAGCUGAGUCAAAGACCUACAGUUGCAGAACUACAGGCGAGAAAAAUCUUACGAUUCCACGAGUAUGUAGAGGUCACAGACGCCCAAGACUAUGACAGAAGGGCAGACAAGCCGUGGACCAAGUUGACUCCAGCUGAUAAGGCUGCCAUCAGGAAGGAGCUCAAUGAUUAUAAGAGCACUGAAAUGGAGGUCCAUGAAGAAAGCAGAAUUUACACAAGGUUUCAUCGGCCUUAGCGUGCAUACUCUCGGAUAACCAAGCACUUACAUAAUCUGUGAAAAGAAGCUGCUCUGUAUGCAGACAGAUGGCCAUUUUACGUUUCCAGAAUGUGCUGUACUGUUUUAUCAGGGAAAGCCUGGAACGGACUCGGAACAUGCUAGCCGCUUGCCCUCCAUCGCCUUCUCACUACAUUGCUUUUUCUAAAAUGAGGUGGUGGUGGGAGAGGACCGGAUGCAGUAUUUCUCCCAGACGACAGGGGGACCCACGUGCCAAUGAGGUGGAGAUGUGGCAGAGUACCUACAGUACAGGACUGGCUGUGACUGUAGAGUGGUACCCCUCAGGGACUCUGAUCUAGUUAAACCUUUAACGCGGCCUCAUUCUGUGUUGCCUUUUUUUUCCUCUUUACUGUAUAUGAAAACACUAACUCAUCUUGUUAAUGGAAUAGCAUACAAUAAAAAUGAUAAUAAUGUUGACCUAUAAUACACAGUAAUAAUAGAUAAUAGAGAAACUGCUGCACCAAGAGUGGACUGGAGAGUGAAGACUGGGAUACUCUGUUUUAGGACUGGACAUCUCUGGGAUAAUGUGUUUUAUAUUAAUUGUGUAUAAAAUGAUAUACCUUAGAAUGAGACUGGGAAAGAUCUAAUGACAAAAUAUUCUGUAUGCACAAGAUUUUAUAUUGUAAUUCUGAUCACAUGAGUAGUGACAGCUUUUAUUUGAGCCUUUUUUUAUUUGGCUUUGCCUGUAUUUGUGGUUGUGAUGUGAGGUGGCCAUUUAAGCAUCAAACUACUUACAAGGAGGGUGCAGGUCAGGAGGUUGUUGGUGUUUUCAUGUGUGCCAACAUAAAGCAAUGCUCAAAGCAUCCUAGGAUACAGAUUUCUGCAAUCCACUGCAUGAGCCGACAUGAAAUCCAGUGCCACUGGAUCCGGAGGGUCUGUCUUCUUCUAUACUUUUUUUUUUUAAUGAGUUUUUGUACUUCCCUUUAAAAGAUUGAACGUGCAAUGCACUCCGUAGCCAUUUUGGAUAAGGUCAUGCUGAUAGUUUCUAUUCUAGGAGUUACAUGUAAGUUGAUGUGAUUGUAGAUCAGGGAUUUAUAAAAAAAAAAAAAUCAGAAAAUGUAUCAACGGUCAACAGGGAGUCAUUUUGGCUGAAGCCUUAUAAAACUCCGGGAGUGUUUAUCUUGUUUUGUCUGGCCAGUAGCUUACAGGGUUCUCCAUGCUGUGUACAGGUUCAUAUAGGUUUAACUGAUGCUUAUGUAUAUCUUGUCUUCCUUUCAUUUAAAAAGAAAUGUUAAAAAUAAAGGUAUUAUAAGUU